AAAAAGCACAAGAGAGAUAGACAGAGCUUGCAAAAGACAAACAUAAUGAAGUGGGGAUCCCCUUAAUUGUAACAACCCUACAGACCUAAAAACAAAAAGUAAUUUGACUGAAUGUGAGGAGGAGUGAAGGUGGAAGUCUUUUGGAGAUCAUGGGAACCACACAGCCUCCUGAAUCUCUAAACAUCUCAGAGGGUUUAAACAUCUCUGCGCCCAGCUCCUCUGCCGGCAGUGAAGUACGGAUGGUGCUGCUGGGCAUGGUCAUGUCCAUACUAGUCCUGGCCAUCGUCUUCGGCAAUGUGCUGGUGAUUACAGCCAUCUCCCGCUUCCAAAGACUCCAGAACAUCACUAACUGCUUCAUUACAUCACUUGCAUGUGCUGACCUAGUCAUGGGAUUGGUGGUAGUUCCCUUCGGUGCAUUUUACAUAAUCCUGGACAAGUGGCACUUUGGCAACUUCUGGUGUGAGUUCUGGACAGCCACAGAUGUUCUGUGCGUCACAGCCAGUAUCGAGACGCUCUGUGUCAUCGCUCUGGAUCGCUACCUCGCUAUCACCUCACCCUUUCGCUACCAGUCCAUGCUGACCAAAUGCAGAGCACGCAAUGUGGUGCUACUAGUGUGGGUCAUCGCUGGGCUCAUUUCUUUCCUACCAAUCCAUAUGGAGUGGUGGAUUUCUGAAGAUUAUGAAGCGAUAAAGUGCAAGGAGGACGUUCACUGCUGUGAAUUCCACACCAAUGCUGCCUAUGCCAUCACUUCCUCCAUAAUUUCCUUCUACAUCCCACUGAUCGUCAUGGUUUUCGUCUACAGCCGCGUGUUUCAGGAGGCAAGAAAGCAGCUGAAGAAGAUCGACAAAAGUGAGGGCCGAUUCCAUGCUCAGAACAACAACAGAAAAAAGCAGGAGGUGUCAAGCAGCGGAGGGGUUGUAGACAGCCACUGUGAGGUGAGGAACAUCAAGAAGCCUAAGUUCUGCUUGAAAGAACAUAAGGCUUUGAAGACUUUGGGCAUCAUCAUGGGCAUCUUCACAUUGUGUUGGCUGCCUUUCUUUGUACUAAAUGUGGUGAGGGUCAACUAUAAGGACAACUUGCCAUACAGAAUCUUAAACUGGAUAGGCUACGCUAACUCAGCCUUCAAUCCAUUGAUAUACUGCAGAAGUCCAGAGUUCAGGUAUGCUUUCAAGGAGAUCCUAUGCCUUAAUAGGCCACGCUACCCUAAUGUGAGGCCAGCUAAUGGAUAUGUAUAUAGUGGGUAUAGCUGGCAAAGUGAACACAAAGGGAGAAGCAAAGGCAGUUCAGAUGACAGUGACCCAGCUGGGGACAACUCAGUUAAAGAGGGAUAUGUGACUGCAGAUAAAACUGACUCUAAUGGGAACUGCAGUAAAAGCCUAAUGAGUGUGUUAUAA